GAGCGAGGCCGGGAGGGUCCUGGCGCCCGGGACUGGUGCUGGGGGUGGGCCCGGGGCGAGCCGGAACCCGGGAGCGGGCGGGCUGGCGGAGCCGGACGUGCGGCGCUGCGGCGCGAGGAGCCGACCCUGAGCUUGCCCCGCGUGGGGAGAGCCGAGCUCAGGGGGCGUCAGAGCCGGAGGCGGAGGAGUGAAGUCAGGGCUGAGUGGGCGGGAGAGAGCCUGGGCAAAGACAUGGCCACUUAUCACCCAGUAGGACACAUGCAACUGCCCCGGGCUGAUGCCAUUCGUUCCCGACUCAUUGAUACUUUCUCUCUCCUUGAGCAUCUGCAUGGCUUGAGCCAAGCUGUGCCACGGCACACUAUUCGAGAGAUACUUGAUCCUUCCUGUCAGAAGAAACUUAUGUUGAGAGAUCAACACCAGCUUGUGCGCUUCUCCAUUAAGCCUCGUCAUGUAGAACGGAUUACACAUGCCCAGAGACUGAUGAGCACCCUUCGAGUGCGCUGCAGCGAGCGUCCACCUCUUUCCUUGUGGGCUGGAUGGGUCCUUGAGUGUCCUCUCUUCAGAAACUUUAUCAUCUUCCUCAUCUUUCUGAAUACAAUUGUACUGAUGGUUGAAAUAGAAUUGCUCGAAUCCUCAAAUACCCAACUGUGGCCACUGAAGCUGACUCUGGAGGUGGCAGCUUGGUUCAUCUUGCUUAUUUUCAUCUUGGAGAUCCUUCUUAUGUGGCUGUCCAGCUUUUUCCUCUUCUGGAAGAAUGCCUGGAAUGUCUUUGACUUUGUUGUCACCAUAUUGUCCCUGAUUCCUGAGGUUGUGGUGCUGGUAGGGGUAACAAGCCAUUCCGUAUGGCUCCAGUUGCUGAGGAUCUGCCGGGUGCUAAGGUCUCUUAAACUCUUUGCACGAUUCCGUCAAGUUCGAGUCAUUAUUUUGGCCCUGGUCAGGGCCCUCAAGAGCAUGACCUUCCUCUUGAUGUUGCUGCUCAUCUUCUUCUACAUUUUUGCCGUGGCUGGUGUCUACUUCUUCGAGAAUUACACCCGUUCAACUCGCCAGGACCUGGAGUAUCACAUGUUCUUCUCGGACCUGCUGAAUUCCGUAGUGACAGUGUUCAUUCUCUUUACUAUGGAUCACUGGUAUGCACUGCUUCAGGAUACCUGGAAGGUGCCUGAAGUCAGCCGCACCUUCAGCAGCAUCUAUGUCAUCCUCUGGUUGUUACUUGGUUCCAUUAUCUUUCGAAACAUCAUAGUAGCCAUGAUGGUUACUAACUUCCAGAAUAUCAGAAAUGAGCUGAACGAGGAGAUGACACACCUGGAGGUUCAGCACAAAGCCGACAUAUUCAAGCGGCAGAUUAUCCAGAGGAGACAAAACCUAAUCCCCGAGGCACAGAGGUCAAGUGUUAGCAAAAUGGAUACCAGAGAUGCCAAUCAACAAGGGGAAUCUUUGGACUUAACAGUAGCUUCUAAAGAAGAGUCCAAACACAGUGCUACUAAAGAGAGUUCAAGAGCAUCUAAGUCAAAACCAAAGAAGUCCUUGUCAAAAAUGAAGAAGUCUGCAUUUUCCUCUUCCUCCUCAUAUUCAUCUUCCUACUGUUCCUCUUCUUCUGACUCCAGAUAUUAUGACCCUGUUGGUCAGUUGGACUGGGAGACUUGUGUGCACCAGAAUCUGCCUGGGCUAAUGGAUAUGGAUCAGGAUGAACGUGUUGUUUGGCCUAGGGAUUCACUCUUCCGAUAUUUUGAGUUGCUAGAAAAGCUUCAGUACAACCUAGAGGAGCGUAAGCGGUUGCAAGAGUUUGCAGUGCAGGCACUGAUGAACUUUGAAGACAAGUAA